CCUCCCGGGGCUCUCCGGGCUGGCCUGGCCUCUUCGCCCUCCUUGUCACCAAACUGGAGUUGUGAUCCACCAACUGCACCACCAGGCUGCACUCCGAGCCGCACCCCGCCGCACCUGCAGUCUUCAGUAAGACUGGAAAGGGACUAGAUUGCUACUGUCACAAAGGGCGGGGAGAGAGGCCACACCCCCAGCCUGCCCAGGAGAGGCCGAGGGUGUGAGGCGCUCCAGCAGCUCUUGUGGACCGAGCUCCUUGGGCCAUGGCCGCUGCACAGCCCCGGCUUCCCGCGGGGGUGGCCAUGGUCCGGCGCUUGGCCCGGGGCUGCUGGUCCGCGUUCUGGGACUACGAGACGCCCAAGGUGAUCGUGGUGCGGAAUCGGCGCUUGGGAUUCGUGCACCGCAUGGUGCAGCUGCUCAUUCUGCUUUACUUCGUGUGGUACGUCUUCAUUGUGCAGAAAAGCUACCAGGACAGCGAAACCGGUCCAGAGAGCUCCAUCAUCACCAAAGUCAAGGGGAUCACCAUGUCGGAACACAAAGUGUGGGACGUGGAGGAAUACGUAAAGCCCCCGGAGGGGGGCAGUGUAGUCAGCAUCAUCACCAGGAUCGAGGUUACUCCUUCCCAGACCCUGGGAACAUGCCCAGAGAGCAUGAGGGUUCACAGCUCUACCUGCCAUUCAGAUGACGACUGUGUGGCCGGACAGCUGGACAUGCAAGGCAAUGGGAUUCGGACAGGGCACUGUGUGCCCUAUUACCAUGGGGACUCCAAGACCUGCGAGGUGUCAGCCUGGUGCCCGGUGGAGGAUGGAACUUCUGAAAACCAUUUUCUGGGUAAAAUGGCCCCAAAUUUCACCAUCCUCAUCAAGAACAGCAUCCACUAUCCCAAGUUCAAGUUCUCCAAGGGCAACAUUGCAAGCCAGAAGAGUGACUACCUGAAGCACUGCACGUUUGAUCAGGAUUCUGAUCCAUACUGUCCCAUCUUCAGGCUGGGCUUCAUUGUAGAGCAGGCAGGAGAGAACUUCACAGAACUGGCACACAAGGGUGGUGUCAUUGGGGUCAUCAUCAACUGGCACUGUGACCUGGACUUGUCUGAAUCAGAGUGCAACCCCAAAUAUUCUUUCCGGAGGCUUGACCCCAAGUAUGACCCUGCCUCUUCAGGCUACAACUUCAGGUUUGCCAAGUAUUACAAGAUAAACGGCACCACCACCACUCGGACUCUCAUCAAAGCCUAUGGGAUUCGAAUUGACGUUAUUGUGCAUGGACAGGCAGGGAAAUUCAGUCUCAUUCCCACCAUCAUCAAUCUGGCCACUGCUCUGACCUCCAUCGGGGUGGGCUCCUUUCUGUGUGACUGGAUUUUGUUAACGUUCAUGAACAAAAACAAGCUCUACAGCCAUAAGAAGUUCGACAAGGUGCGUACCCCAAGGCAUCCCUCAAGUAGAUGGCCUGUGACCCUUGCCCUUGUCUUGGGCCAGAUCCCUCCCCCACCUAGUCACUACUCCCAGGACCAGCCACCCAGCCUUCCAUCAGGUGAAGGACCAGCUUUGGGAGAAGGGGCAGUGCUACCACUGGCUGUCCAGCCUCCUCGGUCUUGCUCCAUCUCUGCUCUGACUGAGCAGGUGGUGGACACUCUUGACCAGCAUAUGGGACAAAGGCCUCCUGUCCCUGAGCCUUCCCAACAGGACUCCACAGCCACGGACCCCAAAGGUUUGGCCCAACUUUGAUCUCAUCCUCACUAAGCUACAGACCUGGAUCUGGGAGGGCAGAGACAGCUUCUGCUGCUAGGCAGCCCUAGGGAAGAUCUGCGCUCUUCAGUAACCAUGUCCACGUGACUGGGAAACAGACACCUGUUCAAGAGGAUAGGCAUCUUGCUCUGGGCCAGGCUUAUAUUCUUCCUCUCCCUAAGGCUUCUGGGGAGAAGUGGGUCCCUGCCAUCUCCUUUCCCAACAGAACUCCUCAUAGGACCCCCUAUCCUUUCCCUGCCCACCUUUUGUACUCUCACACGGCACUCUGGGACCCCAAAUUAGAGCUGUCUUCCAGUUGUAUUUUAAGCCCCCCUUUAGAAGUCACACAGUUUGCUGAGUCCAAUAAACCAGUGAUGAGCU